AAAUAAACUUAAUAUGAUACAUUCGGCUUUGGGAUGUUCUCAUUCCAUGAUGACACACACACCAUCCAUGACAUCAUCAUCUUCUUUGUGUUGUUGUUGUAUACUAUAAAAUACACACGAAAUUAAAUCUACAAAUAGUGAAAAAAAUCCCCUACCAGAAAAGUUAGUAGCUGGCAUUUAAUUAUUUGGCCACAACACAGCAAUGACAGAAGAAAUACAACAAAGACGUCUAAUAAGACCAGGUGGUCGUACGCCAAUUACAGAUCUCACUGAUGUGGAAGUUACUUUGAAUAAGUCAUUGUUGAAAUUGGCUGCUGGCGAAGGACCAACGUUUAAGAUAGCCAAAAUUCACUCAGCUACAAAACAAAUAGUCUGUGGUUCUCGUACUGAAAUAAAUGCUGAUUUGACAAAUGGUGUUGGUGAAACAAAAGAAUACAGGGUUAUUAUAUGGUCUCAACCAUGGCUGCCAGAUGGUAUCCAAGUAACUUUUCAAUGUGAGGGACAGCCAGAAAUUGUUCGAAAACAUAGUCCAUAGAACAUUAAUAAACAAUGAUCUGUGCAUUUUAUAAGAAUAAGAAUGCUUAUAUGCACUGUGCGUUUAAAUUAUUUU